AUGAAGUUUUCAAAUAAUUCAAUAGUGUUGGUGACAUUACUGGUUCUAUCGUCACUAUGUCUAUCCAAUGGUUUUAUUCACCAUCUUAGCGUUAAAGAGGAUGCAAGAACAUUAUUUUUAGUUGAAACUUUUGGUUUUGGAAUGGGUGGUGUAAUGAAUCUAAAUAUUACAAAUUGGAAGAUUAAUAAUCAACCGAUUUCAGAUGAGACAAAGAGUUCUGUUGGAUUUUACAUUCAAAUUAGUGAGACCGAUGCAAGUGCAUUUGUAGAUGAGGCAACCGUUGCCUCUGGAAACUGUCAAGACAUGAUCAACAAAACCUUUGACUACACUAUCCAAUACGACAGCGCAAAGAAUCCAAACAUUACUGAAUUUAACUUUAAGAUUAAACCUGGUUUUAAGGAAGGUUAUCAUAAUCUCUAUUUCCUAAGUUGCAACAGAGAUACUACCGUAUCAUUCGAUCUUUUCUUACAGGAAUAUAAUGUCGAUUCAAAUGGACAAAUCAGUUAUCUAUCAAUUGGAGACACACCAUUACCAACGUUGUACUUUGUAUUCGCAAUGGCAUUCUUUGUUAUUUUGUUACUUUGGUUAUUCGUAUUCUUAAGAGGUGAAGGAAAAAGAGUCAACAAGAUUCAUUAUUUAUGUGCAGCUUAUUUACUUGUUUUAGCAAUUUCAUUGCUUUUCGAAUCAAUUGAGAAACAUUAUAUUAAAAAGACAGGUAGUGCUCAUGGUUGGAAUAUUGCCUAUUAUAUCUUUGCUUGUAUUCAAGGAUCAUUCUUUGUUAUUUUAAUUGCAUUGAUUGGAUCAGGUUGGGCAUUCAUUAAACCAUUCCUCUCUGAUAAGGAUAAAACUAUCUUUAUGGUUGUCAUUCCAUUGCAGAUUUUAGAUAACAUUGCAUUGGUUAUGAUUGAUGAAGAGGCACCAGGUUCGAUCGGUUCACUUAGUUGGAGACAUAUUUUCACUGUUGUAGAUAUCAUUUGUUGUAUUGCUAUUAUAGUUCCAAUUAUCUGGUCGAUUAAACAUCUAAAGGAUGCUUCUCAAGUCGAUGAUAAAGCCGCACAAAAUAUGCAAAAAUUGAAAUUAUUUAGACACUUUUAUUUGAUGGUCAUCUCAUAUCUUUAUUUCACAAGAAUUUUCUUUGCCUUACUCCGAGCUUCACUUCCAUUCCGUUAUGCAUGGAUUGGUGAUUUUUCAUUAUUGUUGGCUUCUCUUAUUUUCUAUUGCUCCACCGGUUAUCAAUUUAGACCAUCUCUCGAUAAUCCAUAUUUUAAUUUACCAAAAGAUGAAGAUGGAAUCCCUUUGGAGGUUAGAGACGAUGAAGAGGAUGCAUAA